AUGUCAAAACAUCAACCUACAUCUGAUUCAAAAACUACUAAGUCUACUCACAAGGUUAGCACUCCUUCCAUGGACAUUCACGAUGAUGAGAUUUUGGAUGUGGUUCCUCUAUCUAUUAUUCCCUGUGAAGCCCUUGAUUUAAACCAUCCCAUGGAUGCCUCAACUUCUGCAUGCCCCAGUCAAGGUAACAUCUCUAGUAUCCCUUCUAGCUCUAUUCAUGCCACUAGUUCUAAGGAAGAUAUACACCACACUGAUCGUGUCAUAAGAAACCUAGUCACCAGAAUCCUUAAUGAAGGAUAUUCUAUGAAGGGAGUCUCUACUCCUUUGUCUAAAAUGUACCCUUCUCCUGAGCUUGAACAUCAUAGUGAGAAGGAUGACGAUUCCUCUAAAUCUGAUAAGGACAUGGCUGCUGAAGGUUUGUGCUCUCUAGGGCAAACUGUAUCUGGUAAAGGAAAAUGGGUGGCAUCUACAACUGCCAAUGCUUCCCAUUCUGAGAAGCAUGAUGUUACAAACAAUGUGAUUGACCUAGAGGAUGAUAGAACAGCUAAGAAGGCUGCUGGUGUGGGUCCUUCAAAAUCUUGGAGCAAGGUUGAUGUGAAGAAGAGGAAGGUUAGAGAAGUUUCCGAGUCUGAAGAAGAUGUUGAGGAAGAUGUCCCUGACAUCUCUCCUGUGAAGAGGACCACUGUGAGGAAGUCCCUUGUGAAAGUUACUGUUGUGCAUUUGGAUAAUAUCUCUUUCCUUCUUGAAGAUGGAACUGCCAAAUGGAAAUUUGUGAUUCAAAGAAGGGUGGCUGUAGAAAGGGAGUUAGGAAAGGAUGCUGUUGAAGUAAAGGAGGCCAUGGACCUAAUAAAGACUGCUGGGUUGAUGAAGACUAUGGCUGGGUUAUCUCAGUGCUAUGAGGGUUUGGUUAAGGAACUCAUUGUCAACAUUCCUGAGGAUAUUGCUGAUAAGAACAACAAGUAA